AUGAAUGCGGAACAAGCAGGCUACGACAGCCUUACCAGUUGGUCAGCCCGAAACACAGAGGGUCAAGAAUUUCAGCCAUAUAUUCACGAAGCCAAUACCGACGACUCCGGUAGUGAUUCUCUACUUGAAGGUCACAUUAGCUGGGAGGAACUAGCCUUACAUAGCGAGGUCUUUGAAUCCUGGGGCAUACCAGCGGACAAUGGAACCGAUCAUGGCGGCUCGAAUGAACCUGCCACUGCAAGCACUACUUGCACAUGUGCCACGCUCUUUGCUAAGAUGGACCGCAAGAUCAGCGACCUAUGUUGCCACGAGCUCAACAGAAUUCGAAGGCGGCUGGCCGCCAUUAGCUCUCGUCUCAGCGCCUUAGAAGCUCAGGCGGCCCAACGGCGGCCAGACCAACUACCACAGGGGCCAUUAGGGCGAUUGCCGGAUGAAGAACCACGCGCGCAUCGCCGAAGUGGUGGAAGACCUCGGAAGGCCGGCCCAGAGCGGACGAGCGGAGCCGCGAAAGCAGUGAACACAGUCAAGCUCUUGCGGGUUUGGCUGGGACAUAAUCACGGGGACAGAAGCCAUGAGUAUACGUUUAAAGGAUCAAGAGAGCCUGCCGAAGGGUACUGGAGGUCUGACACAAUCGGUGCCGACACGACGCUCGAGGGAGCUCAUUUCGCGCUAAUGACGGACAUUCUUUCAUUGGAAGUUGAGAUUAACAGCGGCAGCCACUUUCCCAUAACGUUGCAAUGGAACGAUAAGAGCGAGGUCUUUGAAGGGCAGGAUAUGCUGGGGGAAAUGAAUCUCCUUAUUAAGUACUGGGAGGUGUUCGAGAUGCUCUGCAAUCCCUAUAAGGCAUGCACGGAAUGGCAAGUCUGUUAG